AUGUCAUCCACCCAGGUCAUCUCAGCAGAGGGUGCGGCACAACGCUCGCAACCCCCCGAAACGCAUGAGCUCCGGGACCUGAGCCAGAAGCCGUCGCCUACAGAUCAUGCGUCGCCGCAGGCCGAGGCCCCCGAGUCAAACACGAAAACGCCGGUGUUGAAGAUCGUCGUGAGCGGGUACUCGUUCUUCAUCUCGGGCGUCAACGACGGGACUCUGGGUCCUCUGAUACCCUACAUUCUCAAAGGUUUUCGCGUGGGCACGGGAGAGAUCGCCAUCAUGUACGGCUGCACCUUCGCGGGCUGGGCCCUCGCCGCGGUCCUCAACCCCAUCUUCGCAAAGUACUCCCCCCUCGGCUUCAUCCUCGCCACCGGCGCCCUCUUCCAGCUCGCCUCCCACUGCAUGAGGCCCUGGGGCCCGUUCCCCCUGUACUGCGUCUCCUUCUUCGUGCAGGCCGUCGGCAUGGCGCUGCAGGACUCGCACUCGAAUACCUUCGUCAGCGGCCUCGGGCUCGCACACAGGUGGCUCGGGUUCAUCCACGCCAGCUACGCCGCUGGGCUCCUCGUCGGCCCUCUAGUUGCGACGGCCAUCGCCUCCAAGGGCGGCAUGACAGGGGGCGUGGAGAGCUGGAGGGCCGUGUUCUUCGCUCUCAUCGGCAUCGCGUUCGUGAAUGUGGUCGGUGUGCUCGUGGGCUUCAGAGACUCGCUGUGGCAGCGUGGCAUGCACAAGAGGAGCAAUGAUCCCGGCAACAGCGGGAGAAGCAGAGCCGCCAUUGAGGAGUUGAAGCAGACUGUCAAGUCCAAGGCCCUCUGGCUUCUUUCCUUGGCGUACUUUCUUCAACUCGGAGCCAUCUUCACCGCCGGAGGCUGGGUCGUCGAAUACCUCACCACCGUCCGCGGAGGCGACCUCUCCAAGAUGGGCUACGUCCCGACGGGCUUCUACGGCGGGAUCCUCCUCGGCCGCCUCCUCCUCGCCGAGCCCACCCACCGCCUCGGCGAGCAGCGCAUGGUCCUGCUCUACACGGUCCUCCUCCUGGCGCUGCAGCUCGUCUUCUGGCUCGUCCGCGACACGGCGGGCUCGGCCACGGCGCUGGGCCUGAUGGGCUUCGUCUCGGGCCCCUUCUUCCCGGCGGGCGUCGCCGUCGCGAGCAAGCUGUUCCCGCGCAAGAUCCGGCCCGCGGCGCUGGGGUUCGUGUUCGUGCUCGCGCAGGCGGGGGGUACGUUCUUCCCCUCGAUCACGGGGGUGAUUGCGGCGCAGAGGGACGGGGUCGAGGUCCUGCAGCCCGUCGUUACGGGGUUGAUUGUUGCGAGUGGGAUUUGUUGGGCUUUUGUGCCGAGGGUUCCCAAGGGGCCGAAUCGAGAUGACAUCCCGCACUUCCCCGACGAAGACGCGAAGCUUAGAGCAUCAAGCCUGCGCGUCCGACGAGGAGGGAACUGCCCCAAUACGAUCGAGGUCCUCCAACAAUUUCUCAACCGCCGCCAUUUACCCGGAUCCUCGAGAGAUGCUCCGCCGCCGCCAAAGGUACACCUCAUCUCACCACUGCCGGAGCGCCAAUCACAGGCAACAGCGCAGAUCAUGGCCUCGUUCCCCUCGAGCCGAGACCCCUCGCCCGCGGCGCGUGUCGACUUCGACCACUGCCUCUUCCGCGCGGGCCACGAGGCACCGGCGAGCUGCUAUAUCCUGUGCAGCGAGGCGACGGGUAGCAGGACGAUCGUCAACCACAAUGACCUUCCGGAGAUGACACCCGAGGAGUUUCUGGGCAUCGCGGGGGCGUUCCGCAGGAAGGGAAAGUCGUGGUGGCACUUUGAAGGGAGAAUUCCCGAGACGACGCUGGAGUGCGUUCGGAUCCUGAGGCGGGUGUUGGGCGACGACGUCACUGUCAGCGUCGAGGUCGAGAAGCCAGGGCGGCCGGGUCUGAGGGAACUUGCUGCUGAGGCGGAUGUUGUCUUUUAUUCCAAGAGCUGGGCUGAGGACUGCGGCUACACUUCUGCCGAAGAAUGUCUGCGAACGGAGAAGCUACCGCGAGCCUCUCUGGCCAUGAUUACCUGGGGUGCUCGAGGAGCAUCAUGCUUUUCACCCAAGGACCAGCGAUACAUUGAGAGUUCUGUGAAAACCCCCGUCGAAGAGGUGGUAGAUUCCGUGGGUGCCGGAGACACAUUCUUCGCGGGCAUGCUCUACGGCCUGACGUGCCAGACCGACCAUUGGGACCUGGGCCAGAAACUCGACUUCGCAGUUGACCUGGCCACGCUCAAGGUUCAGCGAGAGGGGUUCGGUGGGCUUGGAGAGGACAUGCAAAGUCGUGUUGACGGUGGGCCGCCCGUAUCGGGUCAGACCAGGCGUUGA